AUGGCCUUCGAGAAGCUCACCACCGCGCCGGUCGCCACCGACUUCACCUCGCUGGAAGAGCACCAGUCGCAAACUCCCGGCACCUUCUUCGGUGCGAAGCCUGUCUUGCAUCUGCACAGCGCCAACUCGCAGCUCGUUGUCUCGCACGCCGACCUCGAAGGCCAAUCCCUUUUCCUGGACCUGCGCGCCGCCUCUGCCGCUAGCACCAAUGGCCCCACUGCCAAUGGCGAGUCCACCAACACCCAGGUCAUCAUCCCCAGCCUCGACGUCUGGGUGACCUCGCAAAACCUCCUCAUCUUCUCCCCCACCACCUCCACCGGCGUCUCCCUCUCCUACCCGGACAUAACCCUCCACGCGAUCCAGCGCCUCACCCUCCCCGGCGGCCCCGAAACCCAAGGCCUCUACAUGCAACUAUCCCUCAACGCCUCCGACUUCACCCCAGACGAAGACCUCCAAACCCUCGAAGCCACGCUCGUCCCGUCCUCAUCCGUCACCACCGCCGCCCUCUUCGCCGCCGUGUCCGCCUGCGCCGACCUGAACCCCGACCCCGCCGACUCGGAUUCCGAAGCCGAGGGAGGCGGCGGCGACGACGACAUUCAGAUUGGCGGCCUGCCCGGCGCCGGCGGUUGGAUCACCAGCGACAACGUUCACGAGCACGUCGACGCCGAGGGCAACUUCAUUGGCUUUGGCGGAGGUGCGCUGGGCGCUGGUGCUGGGACGGUGCGCGCGCGCGAAGAGGAUGGGGGCAGCGCCGGUGGAGAGGAAGAAGCUGGACGAGAGGAUGGCGGCGAGGGUGGCGCCGCUGCCAGCGGCGAGGAGACUAAGUGGAGGAGGACGGAGUAG